UACAGUGAAAGUCAGACGAUGGCGACGAACGUUAUGCAAGCUUUGCGGCGUGGAGUUUCCACAGCUUUGAGAGAAUGCAGCUGUCAGAGGCCAUUUACUACAUGUGGAAGAACAAUUACAAGACAGUUUUCUCUUGCUCCAUGCUUGAAUGCAGCCAGAGUGACCCAGCAAGCCCCAGACUUCAGUGGCAAGGCUGUGGUCAAUGGACAAUUCAAAGACUUAAAGCUGUCAGACUUUAGUGGAAAAUACCUCGUGCUCUUCUUCUACCCUCUUGACUUCACAUUUGUCUGUCCCACUGAGAUCAUUGCCUUUAGUGAGAGUAUGGACGAGUUCAAGGCUCUGAAUGCGGAGGUGGUUGGAGUGUCUACGGACUCGCACUUCAGUCAUCUCGCCUGGAUUAAUACCCCUAGGAAGGAAGGUGGACUUGGUGGCUUGAAGUACCCACUGUUGUCUGACUUCCAGAAGAACAUAUCUCGGGAUUAUGGAGUUUUACUGGAGGAUGAAGGUGUGGCUCUCAGGGGUCUGUUCAUCAUUGACCCUAAAGGACUGGUUCGUCAGGUGACCAUCAAUGAUCUGCCGGUGGGUAGGUCUGUGGAGGAGACACUACGGCUGAUACGCGCCUUCCAGUUUGUGGAGAAAUAUGGAGAAGUUUGCCCAGCCAACUGGCAACCUGAUUCUGCUACUAUAAAGCCAACACCAGAUGGAUCCAAGGAAUAUUUCCAGAAAGUCAACUAGCUUGGCUGUGUUUGAAAUUCUCAUGCUCUUGUGUUUUUGAAUCGCACGUCAUGUGCUAAAGAUCUGUGAAGAUGUCUUCUGUUUUGAGUUUCAAAAAAGAUCUUGGAAUAUCAUGCAGUCAAACUGAUCGAUUUUGUGAGAUUAUAUCUUUUUUGUCGAUCCCCAAAUGAAUGAGUGAUUUUAGCUGAUCUCAAAAUGUCUUGGUGUGAAUCUAUGUGAAUGUAUAGAAUUCUAAUCAUAAAGGAAAACUUAAUUACAUCUUGGUUGAAUUUAUCUACAUAUUUAAAUGGUUUGACCAUAGUGAUUGUAUAAUUCCUCACAUGCAUCUGAUAUGGAGUCAAUAGUACACUUGAUAGCUUUAAAUGGGAAUGUGAUUGAAGGGGGCAGGGCAUGCCGGUUUUGUUUGCUUGGCCAAAUUAGAAUGUUUUUACCUUCAUUUUUGUCAACUCUUACCAUAUAAAGCCUUGGAGAUUACCGGGAUUUACAGAUUUAUGCAUUUAGCAUAUUUAUUAACUGCUUUGAAAUCAUGCAGCAAAAGUUGUGUUGUUCUGAACUCUUAUGCAGUGAAUGGUUUUGUGUUUCUAUUGCCUGAUUUGAUCCCUGUGUAACAACUUUAGCACUGUUUUCUGUGCUGCAAACUGCAGGCUGAACUGUGUGGUUCACUAGGUUUGCAUUAGAACUGAAAUGGCUUCUGUUUUGUGACAAAUUGUCAAAGACUGAUACUCUUACUAAAUAACAAGACAUGUGGUCCCUUGUUUGUUACUGAAUUUACUCAAUAUUGUCAUCAGACGAUGCUAAUGCCAAAGUUUAAAUUUUGAGAUUCAAAAGCCACUGUCAAAUGUUGUCAAACUGCUUUACUGCUGACCAAAGAAUCCAAUACCCAUCUAGUCAAGUAUGUUACAUUAGUCACUCAGCAUUUUUUAAGUCACACAAAAUUUUUUGGCCACAGAAUUUGGAAAACGCUGAAUUGAGUGCCAACAGAAAUUUUUAAUUUGUUUUAUUUGGCUUAUACAUGUUGUACUGAGUUACAUAUCCUACGUUUGUGAAAUAGGGCAUAGAUAGCAGGAUAUUUUUCUAGUAAUAAUAACAAUAUGGGUGUGUAUGUCGAGUCUUUGUGUGACAUUAUAUUACCUGUAUCUCAUUGUUGUGAGAAGUAAUUCACAUGUUGCAUGAUCUAAUAUUUGUAAAGUGUCAACUCAAAAAAAACAAAAACCAAACAACAAAGUACUAAUUUUCUAAUUCAGAAACUGUUGUUAAUGUGGUAGAUGUGUCUUUCAUGUUUAGUUUGGUUUUUUUUGGUGUGCUUACAUUUGUUUUUAAAAUGCAAAAUAUUACCUGGCCAAGGGUUGUUUCAAUCAAAACAAAAUAAGAAGGAUCACAGCCUCUGAAUACCUGCAUUUGAGAUUUAAGAUGAUUUAAGAUGAUGAAAGAUGAGACAACUCGUAGACGGCAUUAAGCAUCAGUCAGCUGACUUCAUAACAUAAUAGCUUGCAAAAUCAUGGAAAGCAUAAAAUGUUAUUCUCGGUUUGUAGCUUAGCACUUUGAGAUAGUUUUAAAUAUCCAAAUGCACACCUUGGCUAUUUCAUGUAAUGUUUUUAUAUUUUACCAGUUUUUGCAUACCUUUAAGUUAUCUGUUCCAUGGCUUACAUUUUAUCUGGUUAAGAUUACAUUUUAUUUCUCAGCUUACAUACUGGCUAUUUAAUAUACACAUAUAAGUAGUGGUGCUGUUGGUCUUGGCAUUUGUUGUGUAUCCCCAUACUGCUGAUCUUUAUUUCAUGCCGAGUCAGAUUCUGAGAAUGCACAACAUUCAGAUCAUUUGACCUAUUAUGCAACAAGAUCAACACUAUCAGGUCACACAACAUACUCCAACACAAUGCGUCAAAGUUUAUCCUACCCCAUGAAUCAAAGAAAAUGUGCAAGAAAAUAGCUUAUGCCUUUUGGAAUCUCUGGACUCGGAAAUCUCAUCAGCUCUAUGGUGGCAAAACCUAAUAAUAAACAAAGUACAAAUCUCAGUGUGAAGGCAAGAUAGAAUAAUUGUCUGCACAUUUUAAUCCAUUUAAAAAUCAGAUGUAUACCUCUGUAGCUCAUCUCAUGGAAGGUGUACUGUUGUGUCAGGCUUUUGGUGGAUGCCAGCAUAUGUGAAUUGCAUGUGUCAGUACAGAAUGGGAAGUGAAAACAUGGUUGUGUGACUUCAUGUUAUACUAAGUGGUGUAGUUUAUUACUGUCAGUCUUUUUAUGAAAAUGGUGUGAGAUUAGUUUUCCUGUACAAGUUCUUUUGGGAGAAACUACAUUUACUCUUAAAAGAAAGUAGACUGCAUCAUACUAGGUAGAUUAAUGUAAUGUUCCUUGUGCUGAUGAAGUAAGGGUUUGAAAGAAACUUGUGAGCUAGUGUAUCAUUGUAUUUUUAUUAUGAAUUCAAUAUAUUAGGAGAGACAGGUUGACGUACAGUGCGACUUUUCACAUUACCCCACGAAAUCAGCAUUGUUCCAGCAGAUGCUGUGAUCAAGAAUUUCUUAUUCACAUGGUGUGUCUGGCUUAUAUGAUUGGUACAAAAAAGGAAUAUGUACAUGUAUAUACAGUAGAUAUUAAACUUGUAACGGCAAACUUGAUUACUUUAGGAAUCAGAAAAGUCAGCAUUUUCCCCAUAUAGUUUCAUAUUAUUUAUCACCUCCUGCUCCUUAUGAGGAACCCAGGUGUCCUAAAACAUUAAUAUCCAUAAUAUAUUUUACCCAACAGUCAAUGUAUCUCUCAAACAGGUAUGUAUAGAUAUAUGUACAUGUCAACCAUAUCAUGCCUUGAUGAUCCAGCUAAUGAGAUGAAUAUCUUUUACGCCAAGAAUUAUGAAUAUUCAUUAUAUAUCCAACAUGGAUGAAAUAACUGUCAAUAAAAAUGGAUGAACUGGGUGAUUAUG